AUGACCCGUCUGCCAGGCAGGCGGGCGGCCGGCACUCCGGUCCGCGGCCCGUCCGACGAGGCGCCCGGCACCCCCGCCGAGGAGCAGGGCGGCAUCCCCAUCCCCAGCGCCGGGCUGCUGCACGUGGCCGAGCGGAGACAGCCGCUGAGCAGCGUGUCCUCGCUGGAGGUCCAUUUCGACCUGCUCGACCUCACCGAGCUCACCGACAUGUCGGACCAGGAGCUGGCCGAGGUCUUCGCCGACUCCGACGAGGAGAGCGCGCCCGGCGACGCGCCCGGCG